AUGGGUCGGCCAAUCAAACUACACGGUGUAGAAGGCUGGCAGCUCGAUGACAAUAAUCGCUCAAGCUGGGACAUUCUCUGGGCAUGUCUUUCGACAAUCCUCGCCAACCGAGAUGAGAGUAAAGGCAUGUGGCUCUUCUACAAAUUGCUUGGCUGGAUACUUGCAAUUCUGGCCCCGGAGAUAAUGAGAGCAAAGGCGAUUGAGGAUCUUUUUUAG